CGACGCAUCGUGAUGACCGAGUACCCGUCGUCGCCCGUGAGCCCAUCGGCGACGGACCGCCACCUGCAGGCGCUGCCACUGCGCUGGGAAGGCUACCUGCGCAAGCGCGGCGACUGGCUGCCGCGCUGGGACACAUACUACGUCGUCCUUAGCGGCGUUGACUUGACCUACUUUGACAAGAGCGACAUGGAGAAGAAGGUCGAGUACGUCCAGAGCAACUCGAUCUCGCUUCCGACGUCCUGCGGCGACAUGGACAUUAGUGCCGCCUUGCCCAAGUCGGCGAAAGCCAAGCCGCUCAAGCCGCGUGGCGCCCAUGUCAUUGUCGGCGUCGAGACCGAGAGCAAUGGCAAGACCAAUCACCGCAUCACGAUCACGACGUCCAGCAAACGCACGCUCCAUUUCACGACGGACGCGAACCUCGACUUUGUCAUUUGGAAGCAGAUGCUCCUCGGCGCCCUCGAACAGGCCACGCUGCUUGCGAAGCGCCAGCCCCUCGGCGGCCCGCUGCCGUACCCGUCGCCGCCGUACCUCGUCCAACUGCCCGUCAUGUAUGCAUCGUUUGGCGACAUUUGCCGGCGCGUGGGCAAGUUUUCGCUCCUGCUGCCGUGCCUCGACCCAGGGAUCGUCGUGACGUCCAACUACCCGCCGAGCGUCCCGAUGGCGGGCACAUACCACGGCCUCGGCGCGACCGCCGGCUUCCUCGCGUACAUUUCCAUCUUGCACACGCUCGUCGACGUGAGCCAGUUCCGCGUGACCCACAUGGCGCGCGAGGGCGACCUCGCCGUCGUCACGGGCAAGGAAACCAUCGCCAACACCAAGAACCAGCGGCGGUACCGUCAGAUCUGGACGCACGAGCUCCGGUUUGGCGCCGACGGCCGCGUGACGCACCUCAACAUUGUCGGCGAUGCGAUCGCGUCCUCGGUCGCGUUCUCGGCGCACGCCGACGGCCCGAUGUUGUCGCUGCCACAUGACCGCGACGAAGGCAGCAGCACGUGCCCACCGGGCACGCUGCGCGUUGUGUGUGCAGCCGCCGACGUCCCCAAGGCAAAGAAGGCUCCGCACAUCAAGCUCGGCCUCUACGGCUUUCCGCACACGAUCCUCAAGGCGGGCGCAUCGAGCCGGAAUCUGCAGCAAGUCACGUAUGCGACCAAGCCCGCCAAGUCGGUGGCACCGAUUUACUGGGCCGAGACGCUGGAUUUGUCCUUCGCGGGGGCGGUGCCCGGCACGACGGCCUUUCUAUACGUGGAGGUGUGGGCGCCAGGGCUCAUGGGCGAUGAGAUGCUCGGUGUCGCCAAGGUCAACCUCGCGCCGUACCUCGGUCGUCCGUCGAGCUCGUCGGACGAAGACAUUGCGCUGGGAUCGAUUCCAACGUGGUUUGAUCUCGUCUCGCCCGAGCACUAUGCCAGUAGCAGCCACAGCGCCAAGGCCAAAAAGGCCACGCUGGGCAAAGUGCAGCUGAGCCUCGUGUUUCUGCCCAAGGCACCGACGACGAGUGCCGCGUCGCCAGCGUCGUCGGUCGCCUCGUUGCCAGCUACAUCGUCGCCGCCACCCAUUCUUAAACGCAUGAGUUUUGACCGGCUCGCGGCGCUCCACGAGCAAUCGUCGACAACCGACGCGUCGUCCGGCUGCGGGUUGCAGCGGCAGAGUCUCUAUGAGCUGCCGGACCUCGAGGCCAUGCACACGUUUACCGUCUCGGGCACGAAAUUCCGCGUCUACAGCCGGUACCAGCUCAUCCGCGCCGUGGGCCAUGGCGCGUAUGGGGUCGUCAUUGCGGCCUCGGACCAAGUGACGGGCAACGCCGUCGCGAUCAAGAACAUUCCCAAAACGUUCGACGACCUCAUUGACGCCAAGCGCAUCGUACGCGAGAUCCGCCUCAUGCGGCACCUCGUCCAUCCCCACAUCGUGCGCGUCCUCGAUGUGAUGCGGCCGCCGUCUCUAUCUCGGUUUGAAGACACGUACAUUGUGACGGACCUCAUGGAAACCGACCUCCACCGCGUGAUCCAGUCGCACGAGCGGCUCGACGCGGAGCACAUUGCAUAUGUGACCUACCAGAUGCUCGUCGCGCUUCGGUACAUGCACUCGGCGUCGGUCUUGCACCGCGACGUCAAGCCGUCCAACGUCUUGAUCAACCGAGAUUGCCUCGUGAAGCUCUGCGACUUUGGCCUUGCCCGCGGCCUGCCACAAGACGACGCGCAGAAUGCGGCGACCGACACGGGCGCCUUGACCGAGUAUGUGGUCACGCGCUGGUACCGCGCGCCCGAGCUCCUCUUGAGUUCCAAGUACUCGUACCCGAUCGAUGUGUGGAGCGUCGGCUGCAUCCUCGUCGAGAUGUUUACGCGCAAGGCGCUCUUUCCUGGCCACGACCACGUGCACCAGCUGCAGUUGAUUGCGUCGACGCUUGGGUCGCCUUCCCCCGGCGAGCUCGGGUUCGUCACCAACGAAAAGGCCAAGCGCUGGAUGACCAAGCAGACCGUGCAGGCGCCAAAGGACUGGAAGCGAGAUGUGGCGCCCUCCGCGCCGGACGAUGCGAUCGACCUCAUGAAGCGCCUCUUGGCGUUCGACCCGACGCAGCGGAUAACGAUCGAGGCUGCGCUGUCGCACCCGUUUCUGGCUCCGUACCGCGAGGCGGCUUCGGAAGGGCUCGCCGACUCGCCUUUUGAUUUUGCAUUUGAGCAGAACAGCGACCUCCUCGACAAGCCGGCGCUGCAGCGGCUCAUCUUUGAAGACGUGUGUCAUUUCCACCCCGAAGCCCGCGCCGAGCUCGACGCGGCAACGGCAUCGUAAGCGACCAUCAAAGACAGGUUCUCGGUCGAGCGUUUAAGCGUGUGAACGGCGACGGCUUGGACUGUGGCCAUGUCGUGCAAGGUCGAGUGUUUUGUCGU